ACAAUACUGCCUCACGCCUGCAUGAGAAUCACAGAAGCUAUCAUUCCAUUUUUGUACUCAGUUCGACAAGGACGUGACAGCACAUAGCUCCACGGGAUUGCCUUAUUCUAGGGAGAAUCUGUCGUGUUUUUUUGCAGUCAGAAUUUUAUUCCAGAACCACCCUCACCAUGAAAUCCACGAUUAAUGAGAUAUUCCAUGGGUUCAAACCUGUUGAGGGCAACAACCAAGCAUUUGAUGAACAGGAUGGAGUUGACUUCAGCUCAUCUGGUCUGUCAGCCGAGUCGGGCCUUGGCUCUACCUCCCCAGUCACUGGCGAGCUCUCCCCCUGUACAUCACCGUUCCCCUUCACGCCAGAGCAGGAAUCAGACUUGGGAGCCGUCUACGCCGCAAAUCCAUUCCUUGAUUUCAGGGGUAGAGACAUCCUGGCGGAUGCACUGAACGUAACAGAGGAGGACGUACAUGCUUGGUUUAUCCAGCGACGCUACAUCGAUAGCUACCUCCAACAAAGAUCUUCUACGCCACACCAACUCUUCCAGACUUCGACCUCCGCACGACCUGUGUCAUUCGAGAUGCCCUCAUCAACGACCAUCAGCCCAACUGCCUUGACCUUUGCUGCGUGCGUCGGAUGUCAUCUACCGUGUCUACUGUCGGCCACAGUCACGGCCACAUACACCCAUGCGCCUAUGACCCGCCAAGGACCGCGGCAUUCAGCGACUGGGUCCGGAGACAGCGUCAGUGUGACAACGACAACGUGCCACAGAGCCCCGGUUGUCAUUUGUCGGUAUGCGGCAUCACUGUCCAUGCUCUCCAGAAACACGUGUCGCCACCGGCCUGUAGGCUCGGUUUGUCUCAGAAGAGUGUCUCGUCUCUCUGGCUUUGCUGUUAGCCAAUUAAGCAAAUAGCCAUAAACUUACCUUUCGUCAUCCACCAUUUUAUUAGAGGAUCCAUGAAAAGAAUUUUCUUAUUAUCACUUUUUUGUGUGUCUCUGUACUCUUCUUAAAUGUAUGAAGACUGUUUGACAUUUUUUUUUGGAAUUACGUAAACUACAAAGCGCACUUUUAAAUAUUACAAAUUGACCAAGCAUUUCUGGACGAGUGAGGACGCUUUUCUUUUGAUGUAACUCCAGGAAGACAUGGUUCAGUUUGCAUGUUUUCAUGUUCAAAUUGUGGACUCCAAAUUUGCUAUCUGAAAACACUUCCGUGAAAAGGUUGCUCGCUUAUUGCCAUAUACUUACACAACAAUAAAUUACCAAAGGAAAUGAAACCUACGAUAGCAGUGUUGACAAAAUCUAGAAGUUUUCUGUACACAAAUCAGUGCAACAUUGAGGCUUGGUGGCUUAGAUGACAUAGUUUUGCUCAUGAAU